AUGGUGCGCGCACCUACUCUGUGCCUGCUGGUCCUGAGCGCGGUGCUCAGUCCCGGGACACCCUGGGGUGCGAGACGAGAGAGACCGAAGCAAUGCGAAGUACCCACGUUGCAAAGUGAAAUGAACUCAUUUUUGUGGACGGUCAAAAGAGAGCCCCACCCUCCUUCGUACCUGUUUGGGACCAUCCACGUUCCGUACACCCGUGUCUGGGACUACAUACCGGACAACUCCAAGCGCGCUUUUUACACCAGUCCCAACAUCUUCUUUGAGCUGGACUUAACCGACCCUUUGACUAUUUCUAAACUGACCAGCUGCCAGCUCCUUCCUCAUGGGGAGAACCUACAGAAGCUACUUCCUCGAGACUUGUACCGGCGCCUCAAGCGGCACCUGGACUACGUCAAACACAUGAUGCCGCGAUGGAUGACGCCCGAUCAGCGCGGGCGAGGACUUUACGCGGAUUAUCUUUUCAAUGCGAUUGCGGGGAACUGGGAGAGGAAGAGGCCCGUGUGGGUAAUGCUGAUGGUGAACUCACUGACGGAGUGGGACGUGCGGUCAAGGGGGACCCCAGUGUUGGAUCUGUUUUUGGCCCAAGAGGCUGAGCGCCUGGGGAAGAGCACAGGGGCUGUGGAGAGAGUGGAGGAGCAGUGUCACCCGCUCAAUGGACUCAACUUCUCCCAGGUGCUGUUUGCUCUGAACCAGACACUGCUGCAGCACGAGGGCGUCCGAGCGGGCAUUCUGCAGGGCUCCUACACCACGGAGGACCUCAUCACUCACUACAACUGUGGCGAUCUCAGCUCCAUCAUCUUUAACCACGACACGUCCCAGCUCCCUCACUUCAUCAACAGCUCUCUCCCAGCUCACGAACGACUGACAGCUCAGCAGAUUGACAGUUACUUUCGUCAAGAACUCAUCUACAAACGAAAUGAGAGGAUGGCCCGGCGAGUCUCCGCACUGCUGCAGAGGAAGCCCAACCAGACCUACUUCUUUGCCUUUGGAGCAGGACACUUCUUGGGGAACCACAGUGUGCUGGACAUCCUCAGACAGGAAGGGUAUGAGAUCAUCCACACUCCAUCAGACCACCAUGAACCGGAGCGCGAGGACAUUCCCAGAGAGGAGGCAGGAGGAUCCAGGCUAGAGAGUCCAGACACCAGUACAGUCCCCCUUACAAGAUGGAUGAGCAGCCCCACAGUGGACACCGAGUUGGAGGAGCUGGAAAGGUUUCUGGGAGAGAGUGAGCAGCUUCCCCACAUGCUGAUGCCCGACAGUCUGAGCCAACUGGAAGAGUUUGGACGCCACAAACGGCCACGUAAAGCUCAUCGCGGCCAUGUCAGGCCCCGUCUCUUUAGCGACCUGUGGGUUCGAAUGGGGGACAGCACCACCCCUCCUCCUAAUGUGAGAGUUAUUAACGGCUACCUCACAGUGGAGCCUCCUCUGACGCAGCAGGAACAGCAGCAGGGACAGCAGCAGCUCCUGGACGCAGAGGCCCAGUCUGAAGCACCACAGCGCACAUGGGACACUGCACACUCUGGACAGCAGGCCUUGGUCCCCUGUCCCCUCUCACUGUCCUGUCUACUGACCUGGAUCUUAUCAUAUCAACUGCUCAGCUGCUGA